AUGAGUGAAGGUUUAGCACACAGUUUAGCAUUGAUAUCUUGUUCCACAAACGAAUGGACAGUGCCCUUUAAAUGUGCUGUAAGUACUUGUCCAAAUACUUAUACAAACGCUGAAAUAUGUCCUACAUCUUAUAAGUUUCACAAUUUCCCAAAAAAUAAAGAAAUUUGCAAUCAGUGGAUAAAUAAAUGUGAUUUAGAAAAAGCUGCUGAUGUCGAAAAAUUAAAAGUUUGUACUGAACAUUUUUCACAUUCAGAUUAUGUUAAAGUAGAGGGUGUGGUCCCUCAGUUAAAACUGCAUCAAUAUUCAGUUCCGCAUAAAAAUAUAGUAAUAGAAAAUGGUUCUAAGCCUAAUACAGCCCUAAUAAAUCAAUUUGAUGCCUUAAAUUCUGAAAUAGAGGAACUUAAAUUAAAAAUUUACAAAACAAAUCGAAUGCUAUUAGCAAAAAAACACAAAUUGUCAGUUAUAAAAUCAAAAAUUUCACAUUUAAUGCAAAAACCAAACAGAGAAUUGUCUACUAUAACAAAAAUAUUUUCUGCAACUCAAAUAAAUUAUUUAAGAGGCAGAAAAACAUUUUGGAGUGAUGAUGAUUUAGCUAUGGCUUUUACUUUGAGGCAUGUUGGGUCAAAAAAAUUGUAUCUAUACUUACGUAAUACUUUAAAUAUGCCAUUGCCAGCUUUGUCUUGUGUGCAAAAAUGGAUGGCAAAAAGAUGCUAA